UGUUUUUAUACGGUCACACUGAUUUUCUUGCCGUCACACUGAUAUCAUCCCUAGCAAAAGCAUUUUUGCUGGAGUCUACCAUUUUUAUUUUAGUUAAUAAAAUAUAAAUAUUUCCUCUCCUUAUUUCGGUUGUGCGCGUACAUAAACUGCUAAAGAACUAUCUUUCUAACGUUAUCCGGGUGUUGAAGAGCCAGCUUGCUGCGAGAAACGACCAAUUUCCAACGCGAUUUUCCCAUUUAAUUUUUUUCCACCGUACAAAAUUUUUUGUGAGUGAAGAGCCAACCUUGAGAAACACCCAGCACAGCAGUUCCAAUAGUUUCGCUUGCUCAAUUGCUCAUCUGUGAAAUCGUGCUCACGAACGAACAUACUAUAUUGUUAAGUCGACGAGGCCUGCAAGGGGAACGCCUCCAUCAUGGACAAGAUGCGUAUACUGAAGGAAAGUCGCCCCGAAAUAAUUGUCGGUGGCAAAUAUCGGGUCAUACGCAAGAUAGGCAGCGGCUCUUUCGGUGACAUCUAUCUGGGCAUGAGCAUCCAGAGCGGCGAGGAGGUGGCCAUCAAGAUGGAGAGUGCCCAUGCCCGCCAUCCCCAGCUGUUGUACGAGGCCAAGCUGUACCGCAUUCUGAGCGGCGGCGUUGGCUUCCCACGCAUCCGCCACCACGGCAAGGAGAAGAACUUCAAUACGCUGGUGAUGGACCUGCUGGGGCCCUCGCUGGAGGAUCUGUUCAAUUUCUGUACGCGCCACUUCACCAUCAAGACGGUGCUGAUGCUGGUCGACCAGAUGAUCGGUCGCCUUGAAUAUAUCCAUCUCAAGUGCUUUAUCCAUCGCGACAUCAAGCCGGACAACUUCCUCAUGGGCAUCGGCCGGCAUUGCAACAAGCUAUUCUUGAUCGACUUUGGUCUGGCCAAGAAGUACCGCGACCCCCACACGCGCCACCACAUCUUGUACAGGGAGGACAAGAAUUUGACGGGAACCGCCCGAUAUGCUUCGAUCAAUGCCCAUCUGGGCAUCGAGCAGUCUCGCCGCGACGACAUGGAGUCCCUCGGCUAUGUGAUGAUGUACUUCAAUCGCGGCGUCCUGCCCUGGCAGGGCAUGAAGGCCAACAACAAGCAGCAGAAGUACGAGAAAAUCUCAGAGAAGAAGAUGUCAACGCCCAUCGAGGUGCUGUGCAAGGGUUCGCCGGCCGAGUUCUCCAUGUACUUGAACUAUUGCCGCAGCUUGCGUUUCGAGGAACAGCCAGACUACAUGUACCUACGUCAAUUGUUCCGCAUACUGUUUAGGACGCUGAACCAUCAGUAUGACUACAUUUACGACUGGACAAUGCUGAAGCAGAAGACCCACCAGGGUCAGGCGAAUCCUGCAAUACUCUUGGAGCAAUUGGACAAGGACAAGGAGAAGCAGAACGGCAAGCCGCUGAUCGCGGACUAGGGCGAUGACGGAUAUCGCGGGAGGUUGUUGAAUAAAAAAUGAAAGGGGGGGAAACAUACAAAACACACACACUAUAAGAGAAAUGAAUAUGAAAUGAACGCGGAAUGGAGAGCGGAGUGGAGUUGAGUUGGCCAAGGAGCGGAAUGGAUAACGAUAGAGAAAUACACUGCGAAGCGAAAUAAGGAAGAGGAAUCAUAGGAAGAAAAGCAGAAUCCGAAACAGAAACGAGUAAAAAGCAAAAAUGGAGAAACGAAGUAAUACACAUUCGGGACAUAGGAUGUUUCGUAAUUAAUUAAUUUAAAUUCAAUACUAAAAGAAUAAGGAACAAGCCAGACACAGACACAUACACACACACACACACAUUCACAUACCCACACACAGUACAACAGUCCCAGAAAAAAUACAGAUAAAGACGAGAUGACGAUGGUUCCAAGAAGUGAACCAACAGCAGACCAGGAUCCACAGAUUGCACAGAUCAUAAUGCAUACACACUCACGCAUAAGCAUGCAACACAAGCUCACACACCCACAACCACACCCACUACACAACAACAACAAACACACUUAGUAUAACAAAUUUACCAGAUUUAAUGUAGAAGCGGAACAAAAAUCGUAAGCAAUUUCGUGUAUAUACAUAUAUAUGUACAUAGGCAUAUAUGUAGACCAGAUAUGUGCUCAUACUAUAUAUAUAUAUAUAUAUAUGUAUGCAGGUAGACCCAUUUUGAAUUGUAAUUGAAAAUUGAUUGAUUCGAUAUCGAAUUCUCUCGCACCAUUGCUGCUUGUUGAUUCAACAAAGAUUGAAAUCGCAUCCAAUCCCAUAUAUACCAUCCCAUAUAUAUCAUGCGAUCAUGCGAUAACGAUAGCGAUGUAUCCCCGCAUGUAUAUGGAAACGAUACGAUACGAUAUAUAACAAUAUUUGAAUUGAUUUCAAUCAAUUUCCACGCCACUGCUUGAUUAUGGCUGCGAAUCAGACUCAAUAACUAAUUGAAAUCGCAUCAAUAAAUAAGCAGAGAAUAAAACAGAAAACAAAACAACACAAAAAGAAGGGAAAUCGAACGAUAAAAGAUUUAAAAAACGUAAAAAACAUAAAGUUGCCGCCAGGAAGCACAGCAAAGCCAACUGGGACGACGAGGGGGGAAAGCAGUAAUAAAUACAGCAAAAGAUGAGUAAAAACAAAACAAAAAAAAAACAAGAAAAAACAUCAAAUAAUAAUAAUAAAAUAAAAAACAAACAAAAAAAAAACAAUGAAAAAGCCGAACGCAAAACUGCAAAGUAAUUUUGCAUAGUAAGCAGUAAUAAUUAUAAACAUAACUUAUAUUUAAUUUUUUGAAUUACAUCAAUAAAUAUGUUGAAAUUAUGUACAUCGCUCUGUCGAUCGGAUCGAUGGGACGCCCCGAUGCCCCGGAUUUCUGUAAAUUCGCGACGGAACCUUCGAAUGACACCUCGCCACUAAAUAGACAGAGAGAGG